AUGUGUAACAACGGCUCUAUGGGAAAUGGCAAGUUCAGCUUUACCACACAUGAAAAGAAAGCACUUAUUUCAAAGGUUGAUGAUCCAAUGAGGAGACCUCGAUUGGCGAACCCUGUCCGUCAGUCCUGGGCUGUGAAGAUUCAAGAUGGAGAAAACAUUGAAGACCUAAAUUUAAUUGCAGACCAGGUUGCUGAGAAGGCCGGGCUGGAAAAUCUAGGCCAGAUCGGACAGCUGGAGGGCCACUUCCUUCUGUGUUCCUUUAAAUUUGGAUCUGGUGUUUGGAGGAGGCAUGUUAACCCUGCAGAAGUACUUUCUUCUCACCCUCACGUCCUGUGGUACUCCCAGGACAGAGUGCUCAUCCGCACCAAAAGAUCUGUGGCUUUCAAUGACCCACGAUAUCCCCAACAAUGGCAUCUGCACAAUGAUGUAAACAGAGGCAUGGACAUAAACGUGACGGGGUUGUGGGAGCGUAAUAUCACAGGACAGGGCGUCACAGUGGUGGUGGUCGAUGACGGAGUGGAACACACUCACCAAGACAUUCAGCCCAACUAUAGUCCUGAAGGCAGUUAUGACCUAAACUCGAAUGACCCUGACCCCAUGCCCCACCCAGACUCCCACAGUGACAACCACCACGGGACGAGGUGUGCUGGGGAGAUCGCUGCUGUCCCAAACAACAGCUUCUGUGCUGUGGGCGUGGCUUACGGCAGCAAAGUGGCAGGAAUUCGAGUCCUGGACGGUCCGCUGACAGACAGUCUGGAGGCCAUAGCUUUCAACAAACACUAUCAAGUAAAUGACAUCUACAGCUGCAGCUGGGGUCCAGAUGAUGAUGGCCACACAGUUGAUGGACCUCAUCCUCUUGGAAAGGCUUCACUGCAGCAUGGAGUCAUCGCGGGCAGACAUGGUUUUGGCAGUAUCUUUGUUGUGGCUAGCGGCAAUGGCGGCCAGUACAAUGACAACUGCAACUAUGACGGUUACGCCAACUCUAUUUACACUAUAACAAUAGGAGCUGUAGAUGAAAAGGGGAGGAUGCCGUUCUACGCAGAGGAGUGUGCAUCAAUGCUCGCUGUGACUUUCAGCAGUGGAGGAAACCGACUUAGAAGCAUUGUGACUUCAGAUUGGUCGAUGCAGACAGGGACAGGCUGUACAGAGGGUCACACAGGGACCUCGGCCGCCGCCCCUCUCGCUGCCGGGAUGGUGGCUCUGAUGCUGCAGGUCCGACCCUGUCUCACCUGGAGGGACGUCCAACACAUAAUUGCCUUCACAGCAACAAAGUGUGACAGUAGCGCAGACUGGGGGCUGAAUGGAGCCGGUUUCCAUCACAGCCAUCAGCACGGCUUUGGCCUCCUCAACGCCUGGAGACUCGUCAACGCAGCCAAGGUUUGGGAGUCUGUGCCUUUCCUCGUGUCCUAUCAAAGCUCGCUGAUAAAAGAGGAAGUGCCUAUCACUACAUAUCCAAACGAUCUGAUUCGCAUGUGGAAUGUAAGUGCAGAUGACCUUAAACAUUCUGGGAUGCAGACUUUGGAACAUGUGAGUGUUACCGUGACGAUCACUCAUCCCUGCCGUGGAAACUUGGAAAUUGUUCUGACGUGUCCGAGUGGUAUGUCCUCCUUGAUCGGAGCCAGACGAGCCAUUGACAGGGAUACAGGGGGGUACCAGGACUGGACCUUUUCCACGGUUCGCUGUUGGGGAGAGAACGCUGCUGGACAAUACAAGCUCAAAAUCUCUGACCACAAAGAGCCUCAACUGCAGAAGUGUGCAGAGCUGGGAGUCCUGAAGCAGUGGAAGCUGUCUCUGUACGGCUCCUCGAUGUCGUACAUAGAGGUCAAAGACAGGCAGAGGUUAGUGAAGGAUGCCAUGAGCGGUAAAUAUCUGGAUGACAGUUUCUCUCUGCCCUGUCCUCCAAGCCUGGACGUACCGCCAGAGAUCAUCAGCCCCUUCUCCUCCAACAGCUUACGGUUCCUGCUGCUUCUGGGCUGCUUCGCACUCUUCUGGUCGGUCUACUGCGUGCUGGAGGUGACGCUGGCGCAUGUGGACUGCGGGACAAUGCUGUGUUUGGGUCGUAGGCGCAAAGGAGCCAGAGGCCGGAGGUCCCGGCGCGAACAGGGCGGCCCCCAGGUGCUGGUCAUAACCGGAGAGGAGCUGCAGAACAGAGAGCAGCUGCAGACUGUGCUAGAGACUAAUAUGCCGCUUUUGAACGGAGCGCGCACGGAAACAUAG